AUGUCUCUGCUCGUUCUUCCCGGCGGUAGGGUCCAGGGUUAUGAUGAGAAUGGCCGCAAGACAUGUUCCUUUGACCUCCGCGCCAUUGCCAAGGGUAUUCAGCGUGGACAGCGCCGCUUCAAGACGGUCAACAGCCAGCCACUUGAGUUCUCCGACCUGCCACCUGAAGUCCAUGUCGAGAUUGCAUCGCUCUUGGCCAUCGAAGCCGACCCAAUCAGUCUGAAGCUCUACCAUCCGAAGAGCCAACCUCGCCGCCUUGUUCGAGACACAUUCAAGCCAGCAUCCAAGGGGCCAUCAGAUGACGAGGCUGGAGAGGGCGAGACUCAAAUGAGCCCCCACUCUGACGCGUCGAGUCUCAUGCAGGUCAACAAGUACUUCUACCAUACGGUCAAGGCAGUGCUUUAUGGCAGCAACCGCUUCGACUUCCAUAGUUCGGAGUCGGUUCGCAUGCUCAAGAGCCUUGGCAAGAUCGGGCCAAGUGCUCUGGUCUUUCUCAAGCACGCCAGUGUCAUUCUCGAGGGCUCCAAGAAGGCUAAAUGCAUGGUGGCGGACUUGAGUGCUUCGCCAAUGCUACGCAGCCUCGUCAUCGUACACCAGCGCAUCAACAAGUGUAUCUUCUCGAAGGGGACCUACAGCGUCUCACGCUUGGCUCAGGACAUCAUGCCAUUGAUCGACAAGCUCCAUGCCAGUCACCGACUCACUCCUCGUAGCUACAAGUUGCAGGAUAUUGUGUCCCUCCAGGAGUGCCACUGCAAGACUUGCAAGAACACCAUCGAGGGCAAAGCCUGCUGCGCUCUCCCCGCGUGUGCCACUGCGCAUACCGACUUCGACCGCGAGCUGCGUCAACUCAUCGUACAGAAGUACGGUCCGGAUGCUUGAUUG